CCGAUAUCCUCCCUAGCAAAACACAAGCACGGGUAAAAUGUGUUCUUCCACCAGGGUGUGUCUUGUCGACUCCUAACAACCACCUCAACCUUUACCAACGACCAACCCACCACCUCGCCAAAAAAAGCUAAAGACCGGACCGACCUUCGUUCUCUCACUCGUUAUAGCGAUCUCCUUCUUCACAACCGUCCGAUAAUCACGACACGGCCGGCACCGAGCUGGCUCGCAUUCGGGACACACUCGCUACCUCUACUACAGCUCAGCCUCUAGACAUCGGUGAAUAUUGUUGUGGCAUAGCACCCCCUGAUCGGCGGGUGGUAAUUUAAUACUGAGAGCUGAACCUCGCGAGUAUCUAGAGUAAGAACACCGGCAACCACCACACACAGACAGCUACGAUGGCGGCACGAUCACUCCGGCGUUCGAAUCCGAUAACGCUCUUUCUGGCGCUGAUACUUUUCCUUGGGUUUCUCAUCUUUCUGCUGAGCCCUGGGAGCGGCAGCGCCAGCAGCAGCUCGCCACCAAAAGUACAGAAGCCAGGUCUCCGCCGUCCAGUCACCCACUACAAGAUGAACAACGUCAACACCACCAAAGACCCCGUUGGCAACCGGGAGCGCGUUCUGAUCCUCACACCACUAGCGAGGUUCUACCCCGAGUACUGGGCGAACUUGCUGAAGCUUUCCUUCCCGCGGGAGCUGGUGGAGCUGGGCUUCAUCGUGCCAAAGACGCGGGAGGGGAAUGCAGCGCUGAAGCAGCUUGAGGAUGCCGUACGGAAGGUGCAGUCGGGACCGAAGAAGGGACGCUUCCACGGCGUCACCAUCAUGCGUCAGGACUUCGACACCCCCACUCCGCAGAACGAGAAAGACCGGCACGCGCUGGCAGCGCAGAAACUUCGCCGCGCAGCGAUGGCCCGUGCCCGCAACUCCCUCGUCUUCACCACCAUCGGCACCGAGACUUCGUGGGUCCUCUGGCUGGACUCCGACAUCGUCGAGACACCCGCCACGCUGAUCCAGGACCUCGCCGCCCACGACAAGGCCGUCAUCGUCCCCAACUGCUUCCAACGCUACGUCGAGAACGGCGCCCCCGCCAUCCGUCCCUACGACUUCAACUCCUGGCACGAUUCCCCCAAGGCCCUCGAGAUGGCCGCGAAGAUGGGCAACGACGAUGUCAUCUUCGAGGGAUACAGGGAGAUGGCGACGUACCGGACGCUGAUGGCAUACGAGCGCGUCGAGGGUGCUGAUCCUAAUGCUGAGACGCCGCUGGAGGGUGUGGGCGGAACCGCCCUUCUGGUUAAGGCUGAGGUCCACAGAGAUGGCGCCAUGUUCCCCCCGUUCGCCUUUUAUAAUCUCAUCGAGACCGAAGGGUUCGCGAAGAUGGCGCGAAGACUGGGUUAUCAGCCGUAUGGAUUGCCGAAUUACUUGGUAUACCACUACAACGAGUAGUCCAUCUUAUCCAUCAAGGUGGAAGGAAGGAGUGACGCUCGACUGGUUUGGGCUGGUUUGGGCGGCGGACGGGGGGCGUGGGGGGGCUAUUUUGAAAACUCUUUUUUUUAUAUGGACAUGCAAUGCUAGUAACGCUAUUCUGCUCUGCUGUAACUGCUCGUGAUUUUGGAGGUGGAGGGAGAGGUGGAGUUGUGUGAUUGAUACAUAUUAUUUUUUACUUUUACGUUUUCUUUUUGUGUUCAGUCUAGCGGAGGGAAAGGGGGAAUAGAUAGUUAUGGAUUGGAAUCCAUCAAGUGCGGACUGCGGAGGGCGUGAUUCUGGCGGUGGUAUGCUACGUGGAUAUGAUACAUAGGUUAGGUAGGCUGGGGACAGUCUGAAUAGACACUGCGGGAUGCAUUACGUUGCGUUGCGGAUCACUUCGUUCUUUGUACAUAUGCUAUGUAAGAGACGCGCGGACGCCGAAGCGUCUUGAUGAGCCUA